GCACAGAACGAAUGCGUUUUAUUUUCUUUUAUUCAUUGAUAAUAAUCUCCAUGGUGUUCAAAAGUAAGCACAAUUAUAUGCAAUAGUUAUAGCUGAAUUUGCCUUUUAAGGAAGCCCAUAAAGAAGUCGCAUCGGUAUUAUUUACAGAUUGCAAUAUUAACAAUGCUGUUGAGGAAUUCAUUCAACACUUUUAAGCAAUUCUUCGGAUCUGAACUGCCUUUGUCUAUCAGUUAAAAUGGUCCAAUGGCAUUCCUACCAUUGCUUGAUAUUACUAUAUGUUGCGUUUUUUAAUGUAAUUAUUUGUACAAAGAAAUUGCGUUCCUUAAAUCAGCAAGACUUCAUUAACAUUCUACAGUCAGGAAAAACAUCUUUAAUAUAUUUCAAAAAAACAGCAAAUCCAUCUACAAGACAUUUUCUUCAACAACUCGAAAAAUCAUCAGAAUCACUUGAAGAGUAUGGCAUCGCAGUCGCUCAGGUCGACUGUGCCAGGGAAGCAGUACCAAAAUAUUGUGAAGAUGAAGAUGUCCUGAAGAAAGCAUAUCUUUUCCGAGGUAAUCUAAUGCUCAGGAGUUUUGCAACUGAUACAUUGUUUGAUGUGGAUGCAAUUGUAGCAAAUAUAUUAUUUAUUUUGCUGUUCAAUGAGAUAAAGUAUGUGUACUCAUUGAUGGAUCUUCAUGACAUUGAAAAUGGUAUGAAAGGACGUGGUGAUGUCAUCUUUACAUUUGUACGAGCAAUCGGCGUCCCAGAACACAGAGCCAUUAUGGAAACUGCUUUUGUUUAUGGUUCCAAGUAUCAGUUUGUAUUGACCACAGAGCAAAGUGUUUUGGAAGACAUGGACCCGGAAGAUCCAGAUAAGUAUUCAGCCAAACUUUGGUUCUGCCAUUGCAAGAUGGUCUCAGAUAAGAAUCAGCCAUGCAAGAGGACCUAUUUUAAACAACCACUAACUACUGUGAAUAUACAUUCGUCCCUUAAAAUAUUGGAGGCCCCGCUAGUGGCAGAGUUUAAUCUUCCACCUGAGGAAGUGUCUACAAUUCAUGUACAGUUAAAACUGCCCGUUGUGUUUCUUUUUACACAAAGAGAAACCUAUGAACAUGACAGAUUAACUGCUGAAUCUGUAGCAUGGCAACUACUGGGAAGAGCAGGAGUUGUGAUAGUGUCAAGGACCCAGCUACAUCCCAAGGUACCAGCAGAUGUCACUGUAGGCUACAGACCUGCUGGAGGGGACUUACCCAUCAAUUAUUUGGUUAUAACAUCAGUUGAAGAAAUAGUUGAUCUUGUCAAAGGUGAAGUGACAAAUGUGUCCAGUGGGGUUAAAGAUGAAGAAGAGGAAAAUGAAGAUUUGGAUUUCCUAGAUAUUCAAGAUGAUGAAGUAGCACAAACUAUCAACACAUACAUAGGGAGGGAGCAUGAUGUAGGCUUAAUUCAAGCACUGACAGAUGUCAGCUUUCCUGCAAUCUUAGAAACAAUUCCCCACGUGGUGGUGCUGUUCUACACUGCUUGGGAUGCUGUGUCCAUGGCAUUUAUGCAGUCUUACACAGAAGUAUCAACCAAACUUGCAGAUAUGAAGGACCUUGUACUGACUCGAGUUAACUGUGGAGACUGGCCAGGUGUUUGCUUGAAUGAAGAUGUUGCACGUUUUCCGACUGUCAGGAUGUAUAUUCAAGGAGAUAGACCUUUACACUACACUGGAAUGCUAGGAACGCACAGUCUAUUAAAGUUCAUUAUGCUGAGCAGAAUACCUACUCCUGUCCUAUUGAAAUCAAUAGAAGAUGUUGAAGCCUAUCUAAAAGGAGAGUUACGCAGUGAUCUCAAACCACAUUGGGACAUUCCUGUUGUAGGAUUAUUCAGCUCUGAAAUGAAAGAAGCAAAUGACGCCUUUAUUGAAGCUGCAUAUUCCCUCAGGGGCAUAGUGGUGUUGAGAAUGUACAUCCAGAAAGAUGCUUUCUAUCUCUCGCAGAAGUUUGAUGUGGCUCUACCAGCUCUGAUGUUCGUUAAGGAUGAAAAAUCUCACAUAGAAGCCAUUCAUCUUGAAAAUCCUAGCAGAGAGGGCAUUGUAUCUGCAGUCAAGAGUACCAUGUUGGAAACAUUUCCUGAAAUUACAGUGGAAAAUUUCCCAUCUUAUUUUCAUCCUCUGAAACUGUUACUCAUUCUUUUCAUUGAUAAUGGUGACACCAAGACUAUGAAAGCUAGAGAUGAGCUUGAACAACUUACCAAGUUAAGAGAUGUGCAGACUUACACCACGUGCUGGAUUGAUCUACGAAAGACACAUGUCGGAAAAGAGAUUCUUCAAGUAUAUUUGAACUACCUCCCACAGCUGCCAGCACUGGUCUUAGUGCAACUCAGCUCGAGCGGCAAUGUGUUUGUAUUUCCAGAAGGAGAGCUUAUAUCAGCAGCCAGUGUGCUAUAUUGGUUAGAGAAGAUACAAACAGGACAGGAGGUCCCGAAAAAUAAUCUGCAAAGAAAAGAGUGGACACCCCCACAAGCUACUUAUGAUUUUCUGGCCAUUAUGGAUAUUGUACGUCCUGGAUUUGCAAAGCAGAGGAGACCCGCUUCUGCAAACCAAGAAAAACCCUAUGAGGAGGAGGAAAGUGGUACUGAACGUUUGCAUGACAGUGGCAAGGAAGAAGCUCAAAGUGAGCUAGCUGCAGCAUCUCAAAAAGCGCAAGGGACUUCUACACCACCAGAUAAGCGAAACAAGCUGCAGCAUGACCUACAUAAUGAGCUAUGAUCAGAAACCACAAUUCAGUAAAUGGAUAUCUUUGAGACUGUUGACCAGCUAUACUGAUUUCAGCAGCUAAGGCAUGAUUAUAUUUGCUUCUGGCUGUUGUUAUAGACUUUAUCAGCAGAAGGUGCAAAUUACUCCCAGAAGCUGAUUGUGCAACUGAAACUGAACACUUCAGUUAAUCCUGUGGUACUGCUUAGCAUUUCCUGCAUGAACCGGAUUGAAAAAUGCAGCGGCCAAUUUUCAUAACAAAUAAAUUUCAAAUGAUUCAGUAAUUCUUUUGUAGGUUAUUUUGUUACUCAGUUUAAAAUGAGAAAGAAUUGAGUACAAUACAUCAUGGUAACUCAAACCAGUGAAAAUGCCAGUCUUUUGUAUGUCUUGAAAAUUAUUGUAGAGCUUGAUUUAAUAUAUUUUACAUCAAGUGUCACAGUUGAUUGAUAAUAAAUUUGCAUUUUUACUAUGGCUCCAGAUCAGGUUAAUUCCUGUAUGUACCAUUGUUUGGUGAAGAACUCUUAUUUAACCCCCUCCCAAAUUCUAGUAAUUGUUUCAGAGUCCAAUUGUUGUACGCUAUGCAGGUAAAAAUUGAUUGUUAAUAUUGAGACGAUGUGCGGUAUACUUUGGCAGGAUAGGAUUUCUUCACCCAAGUUAAUUUAUGUCAAUAUAAACCAGUUUUAACUGUUCACAGAACAUUCUGAUUUUUUGAAAUUUUAUUAAACCGUUGA